AUGAAAAAUGUGACUAAGUUACUGAGUGAAAUCAAAAUCAAAGAGGAAGGAAAAAGACAAAUAGAAAGUGUUUGUCAGCUGCAACUAAUGUCAAAACCUACAAGUAAACUACAAAUCUCACUGACAGGAGUUAGCGGUGUCACACAUAUUUCCACUGCGACACCAGAUCACGUCUGGUUCAGUGAUGGUAUCCAUCUUUUUUUGGCAAACGUUGAAGGUCACAACCUACAUCAUCUAAAGUGUAUAAGACUGGUAAAUUAUGGGAUACAUACAGUGAACAUGACGUGUGAUCUUAUUUAUAUAGAUAGGGAUUAUAACAUUAAAAAGUUUUUUAAAGACACCAGAUCUAAAUCUACACUAAUGAAGAAAAGAUCACCAUGGCUACCGCUCUGUGUGGUCUGCUCACCCUCCAACAAUGACCUUCUGGUCGGGAUGCUGAGCACUGAUACUUGGGCAGGCAAAGUAACACGGUAUAACAACGAAGGAAAAGUGAUACAAACAAUACAACAUGACACUGCAGGGCAGCAACUCUAUUGUCUUCCAAGGUACAUCACAGAGAACCGCAAUGGAGAUGUUAUUGUGUCUGACCUUACCGAUAUUGAUAAUAAUGAUUAUGGCCGUGGUGCUGUAGUGGUCAUAGAUUAUAAAGGAAGACAUCGCUUCUCCUACACAGGCCACCCAUCAGAGUCAGAUCUCCUGCCCCAUGGAAUCUGUACUGACACAUUAUCAAACAUUCUGUUGUGUGAUUCUAAGACCAACACAAUACAUUUGAUCGAUAAGGACGGCCAUUUCAUGAUGCAGAUUCAGACACAGGAUCAAGGGAUAGGCAGACCAAUGUGCCUGAGCUUUGAUCAUAAGAAUCAUCUUCUCUGGAUCGGAUCAUGUGACAGCAACAAAGUGUGUGUAUACAGAUACAUAGAGAGGAAAAACUAUCUGAAAAAUCAUUGUGAUGAUUAA